AUGUUUAGGAAAGGAAGGAAUGACCCUUUAGAAUUGUUAAGAGAUCAUGUGAUUCAUCAUAAGCAAAUUAAAUUGAAAAGCAAAAAUACCGACCAUAGACUGCUCUUUGAUAAUAAUAUCGAAUUCAAAUGCUCGACUGAAACAGCUUGGAAGUCGAAAUCAGGUUAGGAAUAUACUCUUGGAGCGUUGUGGUGUUUUCUGGAUUGUCAUUUGCAAGGGCUGGAAUAAAAAAAUUAUAGAAAAAAGGCAUUGGAUCUAAACUUUGAAUAGGUGUUUAAGGCAGAUAAUCAAGACAUAAUUGAAUAUUUCACUGGCAAAGUCGAUUAUACAGAUUGUAUCAAUGCAGACAAGAAGGCCUCCUUGUACAAUAAGAAAGCCCUCCAAAAGGAUGAGGAUGUUGAGUUUGCUAGUUAAAAAAAGGUGAAGCCUGAUUCAGAGAAGGAGCCACUCACUGAGAAAGAGUUCAAUUUAAAGGUGUUUGAUGAGAUUUUGAGAUUCGAAAAACCCAUUACCACGAGAAAUAGAUUAUUUAGAGUUUAAGAUAGGACAUUUGAUGACAUUUUGAAAACAUCCUAAAAAAUCUUUUAAGGCUAGUAUGUAGGAGUAGGCGGAGAUGAAGAGGAAUUGUAGUAAAUUCUUGGAACUAGAACUUAAGAUGUUAACAAGGCUAAAUAGCUAUCAACUGCUAAAUUAUCUUAUUCUGUGUUGAAUGAAUUCAUUAAAUCGAAGGAGAAGCCCAUUAUUAUAGUGCCUCAAAUAGCGGAAUUGGGAAACCUUUGUUUGAAGAAUGUGUAGUAGUUUCUAGAGUAAGGAUAAUAUCUGGAUCCAAAUGGAUUGAAAUUCACUAACGAAUCCAGAUCUGUUUAAAUUAAAGUGAAGUUGAGAUUGACUGACAUCGAAUAAUAAUUUUUAAUAUUGGAUACUCCCAAUACAAUAACUAAUUGGAAAAGAGUGGUUGCAGUGUUUUUAAGGGGAUCUACCUACGAGUUGAAACAAUUCCCAGAUUAAAACCCCAAUCAAUUGUUUAAAAACAUCAGAGGUUAUCACUUAAAGUUUGAGGAGGAGAAACUGAAAGAUUUGAUCAAAUAAUGGAAUGUAAAGGUUUUCGAUUUGCAUAGAAGCAAAAGGUACUAAGAUAUUGAUGUGGUAAAUGCAUUUUGGGAAGAUCUUGAAGCUUUUCUAUUGAGGCCUGCUAAGUUACCAUCAUAAUAAUGA